AAUCCAUUCACACCUCUUGCAUUUCUUCCGCCGACAUUAGCUUCACAGUUAGAAGCGUCCAGGUAUCUUUAUGUUGCUACUCUUGCGGCCUUCAUAUGGGACAUGGCCAUGGCAAUGCCAGACGAAUACAGAAUGCUAGUCUCUGGGAGGUUCGGUUUGCCCAUUGUGGCGUAUGUGGUGUCUCGCAUUGCCAGUGUGGCGUACGUCGGAACGAGCACCGCAUUUCAAGUAUCAUCCGUCGCUUCAUGUGAGGGAUUGCAAAUAGCCCUUGGAUGUUGUUUCGCCGUCGCUACCCCUGCUACAUCCCUCCUGUUCUUCUUUCGUGUUCGCGCCGUUUUUCUGAACAACAAAAUCGUCACAUCAUUCUUCGCCUUCAUGUGGAUCGCCGUUGUCGCAGGAUCCAUCACUGUUCCCUUCGCCAUCUCGGGCGCCCAUAUAGGAACUACCGAUCGGUGUAUCAAUACUGUGGUCAAACCGUACAGCUCCGCCGGCCUUGUUAUCAACGGCUGCUCCGACACACUCGUAUUCCUUGCAAUCUCUUGGCGGUUGGUCACGUCCUCUCUCGCAAAUGACCCUAUCAAAGCCCGUGUACAUCAAUUCUAUAGCGGAGACGGUCUUCCGAGGCUCUCGAAAAAGGUCUUGCAAAGUGGACAGCUGUAUUACUUGGUUACGGUCGGACUUAAUAUUGCUACUAUGGCCCUCAUCCUCACACCUUCGGUUCCGCCAGUCCUCCGUGCAAUGUUCACUGUACCUAACCUCGCUCUUGAGAACGCCAUGGCCACCCGCGUAUUCAGAGCAGUUCGUUUA